GGGUAAAGAUCCGGCUCCUAGUACCUCAAUGAUGGCUGAAGGUCCCGCUUCUAGUACCUCAGUAAUGGCAUCUUCACCUGUUUAUCUGCUAGUUCGUGGGCUUUCGUCGGACAGUGACCAGAAUGGGGAUUUCCAGGUCAUGAAUAGAUCUAAAAUCUUCAAAAGAAAAAGAAAGACUGAGACUGUAGAAGAAUAUCAGGCACCAAAUAGAGAUGAGCCGGACUUCAGUGAUGAUAGCCAUUAUGAUGAUGGAGAAGACACAGUUGAAUGGGAUCCAGAUAUGUCUUUGACAUGCGGAGAUGAUUCAGAUGUUAUAGUUGUAAACAUCCACAACAGUGAAGGAGCAAUUCUGACGACUUUGAGGAAUGACACGUCUCUCCAGUCCUCAGCAACUGAGGAUCCAUUAUGUGAGCCCCAGAUAUCUGAGGAGGAGCUGCAAAGCACUCAGAUUCUCCUGGACACUGUGCUUGAUUCCUCACCUGAAGAUGCCUUGCCUGUGAAUUCAGGAUCCCAAGUCUUCUCGUCAGAUUCACCAGAGGAUUCAGUGGAUCUAGAAAGAAUCAGCUAUGUAUCAGUUCGAAGAGUGGUGGUGGUUAGAGAUCUUGUGCAAGCAUUUAUGGACAACAGCAUAAUGCAUUCAACUGUAAAAAUGAAGUUUGUGAAUGAAAUGGCAGUUGAUGAUGCAGGAGUGUCACGUGAUGUUUACACUGCCUUCUGGGAGCAGUUUUUUGAACUGUGUGAAGGGGAAACUGAGCGAGUGCCUAGAUUGACUCCUGAUUUUGGUGAGGCAGAAUGGCGAGCAGUAGGCCUGAUUUGGGUUAAAGGGUUAAUGGAUCAUGGAGUCAUACCAGUGAUGCUGGCACAGUCCUUUAUUGUGGCUUGCAUUCAUGGAAUUGAUGCAGUUGAUGACAAUGAUCUCAUAACAUCAUUUCUCAACUAUCUUUCUCCCAUUGAGAAGUCUGUUAUUGAGAGAGCUCUGCAGGGCACUUCUGAGCAAUCUGACGAGGAGGACUUGCUAGAUAUAUUCUCAAGAAUGGGCUCACAUACGUUACUUGCGAAAGAAGACAUGCAGCUGGCAAUUAAAACUAUGGCUCAUAAAGCCAUUCUCCAAGAGGCCACAUAUGUCAUCGAUUGCUUCUCUACACAGAUGGCUCAUGUGAAAGUGCUGUUACCUGAUAAAGAAAGUGUAGUGGCUUUGUACGAGUCAAAAAAAACAUCAGGAAAGAAGGUUUCACAGCUGUUUGAGCCAUCGAAGGCUGUUCUUACACAGAUGGAGCAGGUUACAUUUUCUCAUCUACAGCGAUAUGCAAAAAAUGCUGACCAAACCAAGGCAGAGAAACUCCUACGUUUCUGUACAGGAUCUACAGUUAUAGCUGUUGAUAAAAUCAUAGUGUCGUUUAAUAGAGAAACAGGUCUUAACAGAAGGCCUGUAAGUCACACCUGCGGACAGAUGCUUGAAGUGCCUUGUACUUACAGCUCUUACCCAGAUUUCCGUACAGAAUUUGACAAUAUCUUGGCUAGCAGCUGUUGGGAAAUGGAUAUUGUGUAAACAGUGGAUGUUGUUAAGUGGUUAAUUCUUAUGUAGGGCUGUAAGACAGUGCUACCAAACCCAGCUUGAGACCCCUUUGAAGAUCAGGUACAGGGGUGUCAAACUCAUUUCAGUUCAGGGGCCACAUUCAGCCCAAUUUGAUCUCCAGUGGGCCAAACCAUUAGAAUA